AUGGCCCGAUAUCAGCCAGAUUAUCUGCACAAUGACAGGACCCGCCCCGAGGGAGGUAGUCCGCUUACUCCUUACUCCUCCUCCCAGCCGCCGUCGUUCAAGACGAACGUCAACCGCAUGAAGACUAAGCGAUGGGUGAACGCAAAGACAUAUACAUAUGAUGGCGACGACUGGGGGGAUAGCGAAGAUGACGACAUUAACGACGCUUAUUCCGAUAACCAGCCAUCGAGAUCACCUCCGCUCCCUCAAGCCCACCUUCAGAGCCAACCGGCAGUUCAGCCUUCGCGGACCGGCGGUCAAUCGCCCUCAACAUCAUCCCUAGCCGGGCAUUGGGACAACCCACCAGCCAGAGCAGGCCAAUUACCGGUUUCCGACGUACACCGUCCAAAUCCCACCUCGGAACCCGUUCCAGCGAGAGAAGCAACGACUUAA